CUAUGUUGCCGUGCAGAGGAUGAUGCCAUGUCAGAGGUCCUCACUGUAGAUGCUAUUUUGUUUGGGCUUUUGGUCUUUUCUGGCAUUCUAGGAAACAUCUUGGUCAUCAAUGUGGUGUUUCAGUCAGCCUUUGAGAGUCCAUCUCGGCGACUCCAUCCCUCUGACACAAUUUUGGUGCACCUGUCGGUGGCCAACCUGCUAACCUCACUCUUCCGCACAGUUCCUAUUUUCGUGUCAGACCUGGGCUUGGAUGUGUCGCUGUCUCCAGGAUGGUGCAGAGUCUUUAUGCUGCUUUGGGUGUGGUGGCGAGCUGUGGGUUGUUGGGUGACUCUUGCUCUAAGUGUCUUCCACUGCACCACCCUGAGGCGGCAGCAAGUGGCCUUUGGACCUCUGGCACUGCGGAGGGAGAGGCGACGGGUAUGGAUUGUCCUGGGACUAGUGUGGGGGGCUAACCUGGUUUUUUCUGUCCCGGCGCUGGUGUAUAGCACUCAUGUUCACGGCAACGCCACUGUGGAGCUGAUGGUGAUAAGCUGCACCACCAGGCCUCUUUUAGGCUGCAUCUGGGAGUUCCCCACCAACGAACAAGGCUCAGCCUUUGCCUCCGCUUCUCUCGCACUCAAUGAGGUGUUUCCACUUCUGCUGAUGGUUUGCACUAACUUAGCCACACUUCACGCUCUGGGGAAGCACAUCAGAGCGGUCACUUCAGGGGCAGAGUCAGGAGGAAGCCACGGGGAGCUGGACAAACAUGUGUCCUCUGAACGUAAAGCAGCUCACGUAAUCAUGUCGCUGGUGUCGCUCUUUGUGGUCUGCUGGGCCCUCCAGGUUGCAGCGGUGACAUACUACAACCACGAUGGGGGGCACCACGCUGAAGGACUGCUAACUGUGUCGCAUUUCUCUGCCUCACUUUUUGUAGGAUUCAGUCCCAUGGUGGUGGCUUUGGGACAUGGAAAACUGAGAAGGAAAAUCAAGAGUAUGGUACUAGUGUGGACUAAAGUUCUCCAAUGUUACAGUGAAGACACAGCAGAGGACAACAAAUCCCUAAAUAUAACGGGUAAAAAAGAAAAACAAACUGUUUUUGUCAUUCAAAAAGAGAUGAAGGUGAUAAAAGGGGAACAGGAAGCUAAAUCUAAUAACUAA